CAGCGUCCGAGGGCUUGUCCCGGAGCGUGGCAGCCAGAGGGCCGCGAGGGUCCCAGUCCGGCUGGAAGCGAGCGUCAGCGUGAAGCGUCCCCGAGGCUAGGACCAUGAACCGCAGCCGCCAGGUGACGUGCGUGGCCUGGGUCCGCUGCGGCGUGGCCAAAGAGACGCCAGACAAGGUAGAGCUUAGUAAAGAAGAAGUAAAACGUCUCAUUGCUGAAGCAAAGGAAAAAUUACAAGAAGAAGGUGGCAGUGAUGAAGAGGAGACAGGUGAUCCUUCAGAAGAUGGCAUGCAGAGUGCACGCACUCAGGCAAGACCCAGGGAGCCCCUGGAGGAUGGUGACCCAGAGGAUGAUAGGACACUGGGUGAUGACGAGCUGGCCGAGUACGAGUUAGAUAAAUACGAUGAGGAAGGCAACCCAGAUACUGAAACUCUUGGUGAAUCUCUCUUGGGUCUUACAGUCUAUGGGAGUAAUGAUCAAGAUCCAUAUGUUACUCUGAAAGAUACGGAGCAAUAUGAACGUGAGGAUUUCUUGAUUAAGCCUAGUGACAAUCUCAUAGUUUGUGGCAGAGCUGAACAGGACCAGUGCAAUUUAGAGGUACAUGUUUAUAAUCAAGAAGAAGAUUCUUUUUAUGUACACCACGAUAUACUGCUGUCUGCAUACCCGCUGAGUGUGGAAUGGCUGAAUUUUGAUCCUAGCCCAGACGAUUCUACUGGAAACUAUAUUGCGGUGGGAAACAUGACCCCCGUUAUUGAAGUGUGGGAUCUGGACAUAGUGGACUCUUUAGAACCAGUCUUCACACUUGGAAAUAAGCUGUCAAAAAAGAAGAAAAAGAAAGGAAAGAAGAGUUCCUCAGCAGAGGGGCAUACCGAUGCUGUUCUGGACCUUUCUUGGAAUAAGCUGAUCAGAAACGUGCUGGCAAGUGCAUCGGCUGACAGCACUGUGAUUCUGUGGGACAUGUCCUUGGGGAAGCCAGCAGCUAGCCUUGCUGUGCACACAGACAAGGUCCAGACUCUACAGUUUCAUCCAUUUGAAGCACAGACUCUGAUUUCUGGAUCAUAUGAUAAGUCAGUGGCUUUGUACGAUUGCCGAAGUCCAGAGGAAAGCAAUCGAAUGUGGCGAUUCAGUGGGCAGAUCGAGAGAGUGACUUGGAAUCACUUUUCCCCUUGUCAUUUCUUGGCCAGUACAGAUGACGGCUUUGUAUAUGAUUUGGAUGCACGUUCAGAUAAGCCCAUUUUUACACUUAAUGCACACAAUGAUGAAAUCUCUGGUCUUGAUCUCAGCAGUCAGAUCAAGGGUUGUCUUGUGACUGCGUCAGCGGACAAAUAUGUGAAGAUCUGGGACAUCUUAGGAGACAGGCCAAGUCUAGUUCACUCCAGGGACAUGAAAAUGGGAGUUCUCUUCUGUUCUGCCUGUUGCCCUGAUUUGCCAUUUAUUUAUGCCUUUGGGGGUCAGAAAGAAGGGCUUCGGGUGUGGGAUAUAAGCACCGUCUCUUCAGUAAAUGAAGCAUUUGGAAGACGAGAGAGGCUUGUUCUUGGUAAUACAAGAAAUUCAUCUAUUAGUGGCCCUUUUGGGAGCAGGAGCUCAGACACACCAAUGGAGUCUUAAUGAGGAUCAUACAAUUUCCUGUUUUGUUUACCUUAACUUGGAAUUUUAAAAAGCUGGCCUAAAAAUGUUCCAUGUGUAGCGACAGAAACAAAAUUCAUUUCCUACUGCCUGACAUUCCUCUCUGCAGCUGUGGUGGCAGAGCAGGGCCAGUCUCCGAGCUUGCUGUUCGAGCAUGUAUGUGUGAGCUUCCUGUUGCAGGUCUCCUUGGGAAGGGUAAUAAAAAAGGUUUUU